CAAGGCGUGGGGUGCCAUUUCAAUCGCCCCCAUUCGUCAUCGAGCUUCUUUCUGCUUGUACAUGCCCGUCGCUACAAAAGCAUUGAACUGAUUAUGACGGGUCAUCCCGCUGCCGUCGCCAUCAGCAGCCAGCCAACCCAACGCCGCCUCGCCUUUGGCUCGGCUCGACGAUGAAGUUCGACCAGGCCCUGUACACCGCGGCGUUGUACGCCCUGUGCUCGCUGCGGGGAGCGCGCGCGCUAUGGCCACAACCGGCGUCGAUGACCAACGGCAGCAGUGCGUUACAACUCAAUGUGUCCAACUUCCAGAUUAACCUGCCCUCCAACGCGCCGCUGGAUCUGCAGCAGGCCGCCGAGCGCAGCAUGGCCGAGAUGCGACUAAGCAGCAUGCAGCCCCUUGUCGUCGGCCGCGGUGCCAAGAACGCGGCGGUGGUAGAGCAAGCGCCGCUUCUAACGAGCAUCAACGUCGCCAUCGGCAGUAGCAGCAACAGGCACAGGCGCAAGCUCAGCAUCAACCAGGUCGCGCUCGAGCCACGCGCCACAGCGUCCAUCAAGAGCAUCUACGAAAACAUGCUGACCGACAUCAAAGAAUACGAUGAGUCGUACACACUCGAUAUUCCAGCCGACGGCACGUCCGCCACGCUGUCCGCCGCCACGGCACUCGGCGCGCUGCGUGGCCUGACGACGCUGCAGCAGCUCAUCUGGGCGCUUCCGGCGGACGGCUUGGGCUCGAUGCGCUACCUGUGGGGCGCGCCGUUCCAUAUUGAAGACAAGCCCGCAUUUCCGUACCGCGGUCUGUUGCUCGACACGUCGCGCAACUACUUUUCGAUCGCUUCGCUCAAGCACCUCGUCGACACGAUGACCUUCGUCAAGAUGAACCAGUUCCACUGGCACAUCACCGACGCGCAGAGCUGGCCCCUGGCGCUUGAUGGCGAUUACGCGUUCUUGUCGCAAACGGGCGCUUACUCGCCCGCCGAAGUGUACACCAAGGCGGACAUAGCUGACUUUGUCCAAUACGCCGGCAAGCGCGGCGUCAACGUCAACGUCGAGAUCGACAUGCCCGGGCACGAGUACAUGGGCGUGAGCUCCAUGCCUGGCGACCUCGUCGCCUGCGGCAAUCAACUCCCCUGGACCGCCGUCGCGAACGAGCCACCGAGCGGCCAGCUGCGCCUCGGCCAGAACACCACCGACAAGUUUGUCGCCGGUGUCAUUGAGCAGACCGCCGCCAUAUUCCCCGGCAAAUACUUUUCCACUGGCGGCGACGAGAUCAACCUCGCGUGCUACGGCAAAACGAAGAACUCGGACAUCGACGAGUCGCUCCUCAAGCCCUUCCUCGAAAAGGCGCACGCUAAGGUUGCCGACGCCGGCAAGAUCCCCAUGGUUUGGGAGGAGAUGGCGAUCAACUUUCCCGCCACCGGCAAGACCCUGCGCAACGGCACCAUCGUCGAGACCUGGACCAACGCCGACAACGUCAAGGCCGUCCUACAGGCUAACCCGGGCGUCGACCUGAUCCACGCGCCCAGCACCUACUUUUACCUCGACUGUGGCCGCGGCGUGGGGCUCACCGGCUCGCCUUCCCCUUCGUGGUGCACGUAUGUCAACGCAUGGGACAUGUACGCCUUUGACCCGCUCAACGGUACCCAGGGAGUGCAGGACGGCCCCAAACGUGUGCUCGGCGGCGAAGCGGCGCUCUGGACAGAGACUGUCUUCGAGGGCAACCUAGACACGCUCAUCUGGCCCCGCACCGGCGCCGUCGCAGAGGUCUUCUGGACUGGCGCAAGCUACGAAACCAACAAAGAGACCAAAACGCGCAGGGCCACCGAGGCAGCCCCGCGCCUCAACGACUUGCGUUACCGCAUGGUUGAGCGCGGCGUCGCCGCCCAGCCACUCGUCCCCCACUGGUGUGCGCUCAGGCCGGACCGCUGCCCAGACGUGUCCAGCUGAGCGCGCCCGAGUGAGUCUGGGGAAUAGGUUGGCCGCGCCCCUGUGCACGCUUUCUUUCCUCUUUCCACCAGUCUCGGUCGCUUCUCUUAAUGCUUGGGUAGAUUGUGCUCAUAGAUUCAAA